UCUUAAUGUCAUUAUGGCGCGGCACUCGAAUUUCAUACCACACGGAUAGAAAUAUAGUUAGAUAUAUAAUAAUAUCGUCCAAUUGGUGUGGUAUGCGAUUGAUUUGACCUUGCGAAGGAGCGUCAGAAAUGGAUGAAUUACCGGAGAGCAGUGCAGGCGGUAGUAAUAGCGGUGGCCAGAUGGAGUCCUUGGAUUACUUGCGUGGCGUGGAGUCGUCGACCUGCCUGCUACUGACGCCGAGUCCUACUCCGCUGGAUUUUAAACAUCCCCUGUCUGAGGAAAUGAAUGAAGGGCCUUUUAUAACACUCAAUGAUGAACCUAUUGUUAACCUGCAGAAUCUGGCUAACUGUGAUGCAUCUGGAGGUGACUCUUGCUCCUCGGCGGACUCAAACUCUGCAGUUCAAGAAUUUCAAGAUCCAGUCAGUGCACAACUAAUCAACAAUAUCAGCAUGAUGGAUUAUCAGACACUGAGCAAAAAUGCAGACUUAGUUACAGGCGAGGUUGAGGAUUGCAAAACUAAUGGCAGUCUAAACUUUGGCAACCGGAAAUUGCCAAACUUUGUGAAUUGGAAUUGGUGUGUUAUUCGUAAAGUAAUGCUGUGGGUGGUCCUGUCAGGCCUUGUAGCUUGCUUGGGUGCCAUUAUUGGCAUGGUGAUCUCUAUCCCCAAGAUGUGUGAUCCUGAUCUUCCAUGGUACCAAGGAAAGGUAUUUUACGAAGUUUUCCCUGCUAGCUUUAAAGAUUCAAACAAUGAUAACAUAAGUGAUUUGAAAGGAGUUAUUAUGAAGCUUGAUUACAUGCGAGAUCUUAAUAUAUCUGCUAUACGAUUAAAUUACAUAUACCAAGCUGUUGGUUAUCCUGAGCAUUAUUACAAUGUAACAUCUCUAAGAAAUAUUGACAGUAGCAUCGGGGACUUAGUUGAUUUUAAACACUUAGUCUCAGAAGCACAUAAUAGAGGUAUGUCAAUCAUCCUCGAUAUACCUGUGAAGUCACUUGCUUACCCUCAUUCUCUUUCAAGUCAGAAUGCUACUCAACUAAGAUACUCUGAUGCUACAUCUGAUGCCAUUGAUUUUUGGUCAAGAAUAUGUGCAGUUGAUGGAUUUUAUUUGAAAGACUUAGAAAAAUAUGUCAGUUAUGAUGAAUUUGGUCAUACACUUAAAUUGUGGAAACAAAUAAUUGGUUUUGACAAGAUACUGAUUGCCAGUGAAGAGGCUUAUAACAAAGCUGAAGGUGAUAAUUUAAAUAUGUUGUUGUCAAGAAUCGAUUUAAUUGAUGUGCACUUAGACACCAGAAAAGGUAUCAAUGAGUUGAAAGACAAAAUUAAAAGUGUUAUAAAUGGACCCUUGUGGUCGAAACCGCACUAUCCUUGGGUACAUUGGAACAUAGGCAAUAUUAAUAGCCCAAGAGUAGCCACAAAAGACAAUAAAAAUGCCUUGGCACUCUCAGUACUCGAACUAAUCUUGCCGGGAACCGUCAGCAUUUUUUAUGGAGAUGAGAUUGGUCUUGGGGAUAUGCCACAAAAGGAAGCGGAACAGGAUUAUCAUGAGUACGAAAAUGUGCGUAAUUUGGUGCAGAUGAAAUUCUCGAAUAAAGAAAAUGGAGAUAAAAAUUCUAUGCAAAAACACGUGCAAUGGAGCCCUGAGUCGGGUUUACCUCCGAACUAUGAUUUCUUACGUGUAAUAAAAGAAAUUGUUAAAUUGAGGUUAAAGACGCCGACAAUUUAUUUAAGAUCCUUUUUCAAAGACGGCAAUGUGUUAAAGAACAUGGAAAUUCGCAAUGUGACCGAUGAAGCUGAGCAGAAUCUUUUUAUAAUCGAAAGGUGGUAUCCACGGAGGAAUACGUGCGUUUUCGUUGCCAACUUGGGCAACAGCUCCAUCACCACUGACUUGACCACCAUGUACUACGGGGGCACCGUCAUAUCCGGCACCAACAGCUCCCUCAUAGGUCAAGUUAUGUACUUUGAACAUGUAACGUUUCCACCCCAUUCUGCCAUUGUGUUGAAGCUCGAAAAGUAAAUGAUAUCUGGGUAGGUUCCAACACUAGAUAUACAUAUAGUAUUAUGCUUGUGAUUGAUAUUUUUAUCUGGUAUUUAAUUGUUUAAGUAUUUUUAAAUUGAAAUUAAGUAUUUGACAUGUCGGCAUUUCUAUUUACCCUUUUAGUAGGUAUACCUACAUACGCUCAUGCUUAAGAAAUUGUUAAAAGCGUGGAUAAAAUUAUCCCGUAUGGAUAUGCAUUUUUUUAAUAAAUAAAAAAGUCUAAACACACUGUACCUAUGAUGAUGCACAUUUGUCAAUUUUGUUACGUUACGAUUUGUUAUUUAACAUAAAGCAUUGAAAGUGUGUAGGUAAAUUAGGUAAACUAAAAUGCUAAUUUAAUCUAUGCCUUAACUAUUUCUUAAUUGUAGCCAACAGUAAAUAGAAAAUGCCCUUGUGGCUAAGUGGCUUAGAAAAAGGUUCCAUUCAUAAUUUUAUUUUUUUAUUCGUUUCUUAUUUUAGCGAUCGAACUUUAUCUCAAAUUCUGGAUGUGUUGUGUAGUUAGAUAGUUUAAUAGGUAGGUACUGUAUGUUUGUUACUUGUCUUAUUUAAGUAAAAUAUGUUAUUGGGUAUUGUGUUAUAUUGAAGGAUAUUAUUUCUAAGUGUAUCGCUAUGUACUUCCGUUACUAACUUUACUAAAGGUUCGGCCACACUAGGGCGUUUUGAUAGCGUAGCGUUAGCGGAGCGGAAUGCGAGCGCAUGCGCCGCCUAUCCGCUCUGAAUAAGCGGAGCGCGCAUUGUGAGCGGACUUGUCUGAAUAUGGAUAAAAUGUUCACCAUUUAGCUAAUUGUUUUAUUCCAACAUAUUGUUUUGAUUUCUUAUGUGUCAUUCAAUACUUCAAUACUUAUUAGAAGUUUACAGUUGUAAAAUAUAGGUUUACAAGUUACCAUGUGCAGAACGCGCAGGCAUGCGCCACCGAUCCGCUUUGAAAACGCUCGCGAUCUGCUCCGUCCGGCGCACCACUAUCGUUGCGCUAACGCUGCGCUCUCAAAACGCGCUAGUGUGGGCGAGCUUUAAGUGUCAAUGGCUCAAAACAAAAAUAAUUUUUAAUAUUUUUAAGGAGUAUUAAAAUAUAAGACAUAAUUUUACACAUAGUUAUUUUUAUUUACAUUUGUACACAUGGUUGUAUGUACUUAUUACACUUUAUUAUAUAUACAUGUAAAGAUUGUCUAAACAAAAUAAAUAGCUGCAGAUAUUAUUAUGUAACUAUUAUUAUUAUUUUCUACGACUUAUCUAUACAAUGACUUCAAACAGAUCUAGAUACCAAACAAUUACCUAUCUAUGAUCUGCGAAUUCUUAGAACUGCGAGUAUUUUUUUAUUAGGAAUAGGUAAAGUGAAUGUGUAUAACCGUAAAACAAUGACCACUUGAAAAUGUAGGAAAACAAAAAUAUAAUCAAAUAGGUAUUAGAAUACAAAUAUAAUUAGCCCAGGAAGUGCGUUGCUUUAUAACAUAUUUAAGGAGAUAAUGGUUGGCUGAUGGCCAUAGAUUUACAAUACAUACACGAUACAAGAAAUUAUACUUUUAAUUCAUGGCUUUUGACAGGAGCAGCCGCACAAAUACGUGUUUUUAAAUUUUAAAAACACGUUUUAUACUAGAUAUAUAUUUGAAAUUUCUGAGAGGCAUUAAUAUAGUUGAGGGAAAAUAAUAGAUUUUUCCCCUCACUAGCUCGAAAACACGUGUUUUGUCCUUUAAUACCAGCGUGUAAAAACGCAUUUUAUCCACUAGUGGGUAAAGUAAUUUGACCUUCAAUAAAGUCGAAUUAACUGCUUUA